CUGACCUGGCAGCACUGCUAAAAACACACCAAAAAGACAAUUGCAAUUUUUUCACAACAAAAAGCCACCUAAAUCGCGCAAAUUAAGCAACAAAUGCGUGCCAAAAACGCAGCGAAUCUCCACUGAGGCCACCGUGUGUUCGUGGGCGUGGCAAAGGUGGUCGCACAGCAGCAAAACAUCACAGGCAGCAGCGCAGCAGCAGCAGAAGGGGCGGGCAGAGGCAGCGGCAGAGGGAAAAGUCGGGCAUUUUCAGCUGCUUCUUCUUCUUCGUGGGACUGGACUGGAUUUGGAUUGUUGUUUUCCCAGCACAGCAGCGCCCAGGCGUUUCUCCUCUCCACGUAUAUUAUGGACAAGAAAUCCUCGCCGGUGCGACGACAAAAGCGGCAGGCAAAGGUGAUCGAGGAGAACUUCUGGGACUGCAGCGUCUGCACAUAUAGAAACUCGGCGGAGGCCUUCAAGUGUCGCAUGUGCGACGUGCGGAAAGGAACAUCCACGCGCAAGCCGCGCCUGAACUCAGCGCUAGUCGCCCAGCAGGCCGCCACUUUGCCGGGCGCCAGCGCCAACAUGCCCAACGGAAAGUCCGCCUCCGGGUCGCGGCAUGGCAGCGGGCACGACCGGCAGCGGCAUAAACGCUACCCGGCCCGGUUGAAGAACGUGGACCGAUCGACGGCGCAGACGCGCGAGGUGACGGUCAACUCGGUGACCGUGUUCAUCACAGAGUACAAGGCCAAGCCGGUGAGCAGCCGGCGCGAGUCCAGCGAGCAGAGCUUCAGCGAAAGCAACGACAGCCGGAGUUAGAGGAGGCACUCCAGGCUCCCGCACGCCCAGCUCCCCGAUAUUCUAAGCCACGGUUCCCGGUCCCCUGUUACGAGUUGUAAAUUCUAAGUGUUAGGCCCCUGGCGAUAACAAUUGUAAAUCGAAAUCCGUUUAAGUUACCAAGUAUUAGGCCACAUACAAGCCCCGAAAGCCACGCCCCACAAUUUCAUGACUUCCAGCCCAGGCCAAGUUGGCGAAGCAAGCGAAGCGACGGCGAGUCGAUUGCAUUUACACGACGCUCUCCAAAUCCAAUCUUUAAAUGCGCUAAACCCUGUAAAUAGCGAUGCAAGAGUUCCCUGAAUAUCUCUGUCUCGUAUCGUAAUUUUAGUUGUAAUUUAAUUCUGCUACUCUAAUUCUAAUUCCUAAUUUAUUGAUGAAAAGGCACCUGUGUGUAACCGCCGUGUACAUGUUCAACAAAGAUAUCAUUUGUUUUGUAAGUGUCGAUUAAAAUAUGGUUUAACUAAGUGCAAGCUAA